AUGCAACAGGCGAUAACUCGUACCAUCCAUGCAUACCAUCCAAAUACGGUAUUGACGCCCUCUGCGUUCGUUCUUAGUGAUCAUCUCUACGCGACGAAUGACGCUCAGGGCCAGACUGUCUUCUUUGACUUUGCCAACCAAUCAGAAGCUACCAUCAUGUUGUCAGUGGCUGGUUUCUCCGGAGCAGGCGUGGCUAGGCAUGUGAGGUCCUCAAGCCCUGAGAGAUCCUCCACCUCCACACCUCGUAGUAUGCUCAGUAUGACUAGUGCUGCAAGUAUGUUAGAAGACGGAGAUCAUCAACCUGUGGAGAAGGAACCUGCCUCUGAAGGAAUUCUCAAGAUCAUCGAUCAUGUGCAUUUACAACAUGAUAUAUUGUGCUGCAAAUACAGUGAAGAUGGUUCCAUGAUAGCUGUAGGUUUAAAAGAUGGAUCAAUAAAGGUCUUUUCAUCUGAGACAGGAGCUCAAUUAUACAAUCUUGUUGACAGUGAGACUAAGGAAUCUCAUCUACCAUGUACUAGUCUUAACUUCAGACACCAUCUUGAUGGAGAUAAAUCACAAAAUGUGCUGCUUGCAACCUAUGCAAGUGGAAUGGUGAAGCUUUGGCAUACAGCAAGCCGUCAGUGUCUACACACCAUUCAUGAACCUAGACAAACCUUGGCUGCUGCAUUUGAUGUCACAACCUCUCUCUUUGUUACCACAGGAUCAGAUGAAAAGGUCUUUAUCUAUGAUGCUAAUACUACACAGAUUGUAAACACUUGUCAACCGAGCCCGUCAAUGGGUGUGAUGGAUGGGCAUAGGAGCAGAGUAUUCUGUGUCAAGUUUCAUCCCAGGAAUGUCAAGGAGUUUGUGACCGGAGGGUGGGAUGAUACCAUUCAGUUCUGGGACACUAGGGAGGAACAUGCUACCAGGAGAAUCUAUGGACCUCACAUAUGUGGUGAUGCUCUUGAUAUUGACCCAGUUCAUGAUCACAUCCUCACUGGAUCAUGGAGAAAGACUAAUAGUCUUCAGAUUUGGGACUAUGCUUCAGGGUCUUGCGUGAAGUCAGUUCCCUCAGUGCCCGGAGACAUUGAUUCAUUGAUUUACUGUACCCAGUGGCUUGGUAAGGAACACAUUGUAGCAGGAGGCUGUGAUGCUAAUAUGGUGAGGCUGAUUGACAGAGGAACAUUUAAAACUACUGGUAGGAUAGUGGAUCUGUCACGAGGUGUUUACUGUCUUCACAGCAACCCUGUAGGAACCUCUCGAAGAUUUGCCAUUGGGUUUUCAAGCAGUCUGCUCUUCCUACAGAUAAAGCCGACUAUGUAAUAAGAUAC